AACAAACAAGUCCAACAAACAGAUUUUGCCCCAAAUCGUAAUAUGUCCUCAAUACUCGGUAAAAUAGAGGAAAAAAAGGAGGACGAUGUACCUUAGCGGUGAAAGGUGGAAACCUCGUGCUUCUCGUAAUCCUCGGCAAAGAUCAAAUUUGCUACAUAAAAGUAAUAUAGAAGCAGCUAUGAAUGCACUUGCAGCUACAAACCGUAACUUUCGCCAAGCAGCUCGCAUUCUUGGGUUGGACUCCAAACUUGAGAAGAGUCUUUUGAUCCCUUUUAGAGAAAUUAAGGUGGAAUGCACAAUUCCCAAGGACGAUGGAACGCUAGUUUCCUAUGUUGGAUUUAGAGUGCAACAUGAUAAUGCUCGUGGGCCGAUGAAAGGAGGAAUCAGAUACCAUCCUGAGGUUGAUCUUGAUGAAGUGAAUGCUCUUGCUCAACUAAUGACUUGGAAAACUGCUGUAGUCGAUAUUCCAUAUGGGGGAGCUAAGGGUGGAAUUGGCUGCGUACCAAAAGAGUUAAGUAAGAGCGAAUUGGAGCGCCUUACACGUGUUUUCACCCAGAAAAUUCAUGACCUUAUUGGAAUUAAUACUGAUGUUCCUGCACCUGAUAUGGGUACUAAUGCCCAGACUAUGGCUUGGAUUUUGGACGAGUACUCAAAAUUUCAUGGUCACUCUCUUGCUAUUGUCACCGGAAAACCAGUUGAUCUUGGGGGUUCGUUGGGCAGGGAAGCUGCAACUGGACGUGGUGUUGUUUAUGCUACAGAAGCUUUACUUGCUGAGUAUGGGAAGCAUAUUAAGGAUAUGACUUUUGCAAUUCAGGGGUUUGGAAACGUAGGAGCAUGGGCAGCGAGGAUUAUUCAUGAGAGAGGUGGGAAGGUAGUUGCAGUUAGUGAUAUAACUGGUGCAGUCAAGAAUCAGAACGGUCUUGAUAUACCUGCAUUGCUUAAUCAUAAAGAAGCAACAGGGACGUUAGCUGGAUUCAGUGGCGGUGAUGCAAUGAGUUCAGAUGAAUUGCUUACACAGGAGUGUGAUGUUCUUAUACCCUGCGCUUUAGGAGGAGUUUUGAACAGAGAAAACGCUGAUAGUGUCAAAGCCAAGUACAUAGUAGAAGCGGCAAAUCAUCCCACUGAUCCAGAUGCUGAUGAGAUUUUGUCUAAGAAAGGAGUUGUAAUCCUUCCCGACAUAUAUGCCAAUGCUGGAGGCGUGACCGUUAGCUAUUUUGAAUGGGUUCAGAAUAUUCAAGGCUUUAUGUGGGACGAAGAACAGGUCAAUAGGGAGCUUAAGAAAUACAUGACAAGAGCCUUUCAUAAUCUCAAGAACAUGUGUAAGUCGCAUAACUGCAAUCUUCGAAUGGGCGCCUUUACACUGGGGGUGAACCGUGUUGCCCGAGCCACACAAUUAAGAGGGUGGGAAGCAUAAUUGUAUGUCUCUGUUGCAGCUAAAUGUUCUUUCCUCUUUUUCAGUUGAACAUUUACCUUUUUUUGUAAGAAUGGUCUAAUUUUAUAACCUGGAAUGCUGUAUAUUCCUGAGUCAACCAUAUAAAUAAAAGAGCCCUUGAUCUUUUAAUUCCAUGGAA